AUGGCUACCAUGGAGAAGGUUUUCGCCGCUUACCAGGCACGCCAAUCCAUCCUUGCCAACAGCACGAAUCCGUUUGCGCAGGGUGUGGCCUGGAUCGAGGGUGAACUGUGCCCGCUCCAGGAAGCGCGUAUUCCGAUUCUCGACCAAGGCUUCAUGCAUAGCGACCUCACAUAUGACGUCCCCUCCGUCUGGGAUGGCCGAUUCUUCCGCCUUGACGACCACAUUACGCGACUAGAAGAAAGUUGUGCCAAGCUUCGCCUCAAGCUGCCUCUCCUUCGCCAGGAGGUAAAGGCAAUCCUGGUGGACAUGGUCGCUAAGUCUGGCAUUCGUGACGCCUUUGUCGAGAUCAUCGUGACCCGCGGCCUAAAGGGCGUCCGCGGUACGGACCCGAAGGAUAUCCUUAACCGUGUCUAUAUGUUUAUCCAGCCAUAUGUGUGGGUUAUGGAGCCUGAAGAUCAACCUGUUGGUGGAACUGCUAUUAUAGCCCGAACUGUGCGUCGCACUCCGCCCGGCUCAAUGGAUCCCACAGUGAAGAAUCUCCAAUGGGGCGACCUUGUCCGAGGACUCUUUGAGGCAUCAGAUCGUGGCGCAACCUAUCCUUUCCUGACUGACGGCGAUACGAACCUUACGGAAGGAUCUGGUUUUAAUAUUGUGUUGGUAAAGGGUGGGGUCCUGUACACUCCCUCACGCGGGGUUCUCGAGGGAAUUACACGCAAGAGUGUGAUUGACGCCGCCAGGAUCAAUGGACUGGAGAUAUGCGUGCAGAUUGUUCCGGUGCAAAUGAUUUAUGAUGCCGAUGAGGUGUUCAUGUGCACAACUGCUGGUGGAAUUAUGCCCAUCACCAGUCUAGAUGACCAGCCGGUGAAUGGGGGAAAGCUCGGGCCGAUCACAAAGAAGAUCUGGGAUACGUACUGGGGAAUGCACUAUGACUCGGCUUAUAGCUUUGAGAUUACCUACCCAGAGGGUUCCUGGAAGGCAACGAACGGGUCGUCUUAA